AUGCGGGCGUUUACCUUCGCUGCCACAGCAAUUGCUGUUGUCGGCGCACUCUCAUCUGCCAGCACUCUCCCCUCAGAGAUCGCUGUCAUUGGUGAGCCUUCACAAAUUCUGAAUGUGACCUUCAAAACCUCCUCCCAGCUCGUCGAGGUACAACCCGGUCUUCUGUUGACCGCAAAUCAAACCACGAACCCACCUCAGCCAAAUUUGAAAAAGUCAGGCUCGGUGAUCAAGAAAGGCCAGAAAUAUGUAUUUAUGAUGGUCGAUCCAGACACAAACACCACCGACCCCACCUCCGUCGCCCUCCACACCAUUGUGACAAACCUCACUGUUGCCAACGCAUCAUCUGGAAAUAUUCUGGCCAAGUACGUUGCGCCCGAGCCCUCCGGCACCGCACCGCACAACUACACGUUCCUCCUCUUCAAACAACCAAGCAACUUCACGGUUGCAUCAAUCUACGAUCCCUACUUUCCCCUAAAUUUGUCGGAUGUUUGGAACCGCGUCAACUUUCCCCUCCCCCAGUUUCUUAAUACCACCGGGCUGGAUAAGCCCGUGGCUGCGAACUGGUUUCGAGAGAAAUCAGAGAACACCUCUGUAACUACUACGGCCUCUGGUACCGCGACAGCUACUAGUACUAGUGCACAGACUGCUACAAGCAGCUCCGCAGCCAGCGCAGAGCUCUCAAACUGGCAGAUUCUGGCACUA